AACGUGGAAACGGACGAAAUGCCAUUAAGCAUUUUGUCCAGCAUGCUAAAUACUGUCAGCGGUUGAGUAAUGGUUUCAAAUUUUGGCAGAAAGCCAGCAGUUUCGGAGAAGGGGUGAGUCUAUUACAUCGAAUCUAAGGCUCUGCUAUCGAAUUAGGUGGGAUACUCUUUUACUUGUUUCAGUCAUUUGACUGUGGCCAUACUGGAGCACCACCUUUAGUCGAGCAAAUCGACCUCAGGACUUAUUCUUUGUAAGCCUAGUACUUAUUCUAUUGGUUACUUUUGCCUCAUCACUAAAUUACGGUGACUUAAACACACCAGCAUCGGUUGUCAAGCGAUGUUAGGAAGACACACACACACACAUAUAUAUAGAUAUAUAUAUACAUAUAUAUGACGGGCUUCUUUCAGUUUCCAUCUACCAAAUCCUCUCACAAGGCUUUGGUCGGCCCGAGGCUAUAGUAGAAGACACUUGCCCUAGGUGCCACGCAGUGGGACUGAACCCGGGACCAUGUGGUUGAUGGAAACCAAACAAAAGAACAAGAAGAAAAAAAAAAAGAGUGCCAUCUUGGUAACACAGUACACAGAAUGGCCAUCCAGUGAUGAUUCCUCAGACAAUGACUACAUACCAAUGGAUGACUCCGAUGAAGAACAGUUGGUAUUACACAAAAAGAGACGACAGAAAGUGACAGAAGACAAAACCCCUGUUGUACACUUCUCUCAUAUCAAUGCUGUGCCUAUUGAUGUUUGGGUUGAGAUUUUCUCACAUUGUGUGGAAUUGGAAGGUGCCUUACCAUUUCUUGUCAGGGCUUCACGAGUUUGUCGAAUGUGGUAUGAAGCUUCAAAGUGCCCAAGACUCUGGCAAAACAUUGACCUUACAUAUGGCUGGAUAAAGUCUGUUGAUUCCACUUUGAAAUGGCUCAGUGAGAACCGUCUUCUACAAUGCAAGUCUCUUAACCUGAGUGGAUGGAAAAAUCUAAGUGCCGAAGGACUAAGAGCUGUUGCACUCAACUGCCCUAAUUUAGAAAACUUGGAUAUAUCAAAUACCACCAAAAAGCUACAGAACGAAGGUAUAGAUGCUAUAACUCAGAACUGCCCCAAACUUUCUACAAUUAAUCUUCUAGAUUGCAAAGCUCUUGAAAAAAACCAUGUCCCAUUAGAAUCACUUCUGACAUAUUCAUCCAACAGCCUUACUCAUCUCACUUUUGGUGGAAUUGCUGUCCAACAGCAGAAGAUUAAUGAGUUGUUCAAUACUCAACUUAUCAACUGUCACAAUCUUGAGGUUUUAGAGCUCUUUAAUAUUUCCUGUACUCGGCUCAACAUUGAUAUAGAGAAGUUCCAAAUUUCGCUCCGCAAACUGUCCAAACUUGUCAUUAUAAAAUGUCCACUUGUGGCUCCCAAAAUUACAAAAUUACAAAUGGAAGAAUCAGUUGGGUUCCCGAUGCUAAAACACCUUUCUUUAAGUUUGUCUGACAAAAGUUCAGUGUUGACUGAAACAGCUCAUAAUAUUUUGAAAAGAUUACUAAAGAACUCACAUAACCUGGAAAUCCUUGAACUUGAUCAGUUUUGCAAAAUCACACCGGAAGUAAUUAAUUAUGUUAUGUCUGAUAAACUUAAAUUCCUGCGGUUGUCCAGGAACGCCAUUAUUCAAGAUGUUUCAUUAGUUCAGUUCUCCUCAACUUUGGAAGGCUUGGAUCUAUCAGAUAUUGAACCUCGUCAUCGGGUAAAUGAAUUACUAAGUGGUUUAGUCCAGCCUCCUGGAUCUCAAUUAUCUCGAUUAGAUGUUUCCAACUCUCAGAUUUCUCUUGAAGUUCUCCAGUUACUCCUCAAGAAGCUACAACAUAUGAAAUCCCUCAACAUUUCUUAUUGCCGUGAGUUACCCAGAGGAAUUAAGCGACUUCAUAUUGAUAAAGAAAUUCAAGACUUACGCAAGAGACUUCUUUGAGAUUUUCAUGCUGUAUGCGCAUAGAUAUAUAUGCUGGCAUGUUGACAGGAAAUCCUCGCAUACAUUCCUCACUAUUUUACAGAAUGUUCUAGUUGUAUUUAUUGUGGUAUCAUUAUUAAAAAAAUUGUAAUGUC